AUGGUGACGUAUACGCUCGAUAUGAUGGCUUACGGUGGGAUGUAUGACCAGAUAGGCGGCGGUUUUCACCGGUAUUCUGUUGAUGCAAAGUGGCUAAUUCCGCAUUUUGAGAAGAUGCUUUACGACAACGCACAAUUGGCGAAAGUUUAUCUCCACGCCUAUCAGUUAACACAAGAACCUCGCUAUCGGCGUAUUGCUGAAGAGAUCUUCAGUUUCAUUUUCCGAGAGAUGACGGCACCUGAAGGUGGGUUUUACGCUGCUUUAGACGCUGAGACGGAUGCCGAAGAGGGGAAGUAUUACGUCUGGACUGCCGAUGAGAUUCAGAAAAUUCUCGGUAAGAAGAGUACCGCACGUUUCGCUGGUGUUUACGGCGUUGACAAGGGACCUAAUUUUGAAGGUAAAAGUGUUCUCUAUGUUCCUAAUGGAGCAGCGGCGGAGGAUGCGCUCAAGGAAGUAGAAUCUGCGCGGGAGAAACUUUUAACGGCACGCUUUGAUCGCGAAUACCCCUUGCUGGACACAAAAAUCAUUGUCAAUUGGAACGGCUUGAUGAUAGACGCGCUCGCUUAUGGCUAUCAGGUGCUUGGUGAGGAGCGAUAUCUUAUCGCUGCGUCAAAAGCUGCCCAGUUUAUUCUUGACACCCUGAAAAAACCGAAUGGUGAAUUGUGCCAUGUUUAUACUGCUGGUGUCGUAAAACAGGAUGUGUAUCUUGAUGACUACGCCUUUUUUGUCCGAGGGUUGCUUGGAUUGUAUCGGGCUACAAGAGAAGAGCAGUGGUUGAAUUCAGCGAAAAGACUGACUGAUGCGAUGAUUCAACUUUUUUGGGAUGACAAAGAUGGGGGCUUCUAUUACACGAAGGCGGAUGCAAAGCAUCUUAUUGUGCGGACCAAGAAACCUUAUGACUCCGCUAUUCCGUCUGGCAAUGCUGUCGCUGUCGCAAAUCUUUUGGCAUUUGGGACAGAUUAUCGAGGUUACGCUGAAGAAACCCUGCAGAGUUUCGCUAAGUCUAUGUCACAAAGCCCCUCGUCCUUCAUGUAUAUGCAUUUUGCUCUUAACCGCUAUCUAACCGCAGGAGAAGAAGUUGGUGCGGCAACGCCAUCAAUUGUAAGCGCGACCGCUGAAGUUAAUGCCCAAAACAAAGGAAUAUACGAUGUGAUGCUUCAACUCAAUAUUGCUGACGGGUGGCACAUUAACGCAAACCCCGCGGGGCAAGACAACUUGAUUCCGACAACGAUUACAGUGGACACAGAUACCCCGUUAGAAAUUGUCGAUGUAGCGUAUCCGAAAGGGAGAUCGGCGCGUUUUGAAUUUAGUAGCGAAUCCUUGAAUGUUUAUGAAGAAAGUCUCACGAUUCCGUUGCAGUUAAAACAGAAGCCGAAUACGAAGCACGACAAAAACGUCGCAAUUAUCCUAAAACUCACCUAUCAACUCUGUAAUGAAACUGAAUGUUUGUUGCCACAGACAUUGGAUAUUCCGUUAGAGGUGCCGUAG